AAAGAAAUGAAAUUGAACUAUUUGUAGUGAGGUGGAUGGACCUAGAGUCUGUCAUACAGAGUGAAAUUGAUCACACUUACAAGAGCUGCUAUGAAACAUAGGGGAGGUGAAAACUAACAGAUGAAAGUUUUGCCAUGCACUGAAAGGAAAGCGUUGUCUGUGAAGUUCUAUUUUUAAAAAUGUCUGCUUGUAAUACCUUUACUGAACACGUUUGGAAACCUGGUGAAUGCAAGAACUGCUUUAAACCUAAAAGCUUACAUCAGCUCCCCCCAGACCCUGAGAAGGCACCCAUCACCCAUGGCAAUAAAACUAAUGCCAAUCAGAGUAACAACCACCGAAUCAGGAACACCGGAAAUUUCCGGCCUCCUGUGGCUAAAAAACCCACUAUAGCUGUGAAGCCCACUAUGAUGGUGGCAGAUGGGCAAAGUAUGUGUGGUGAGCUUAGUAUCCAAGAACACUGUGAGAACAAACCUGUCAUCAUAGGAUGGAACCGAAACAGGAUGGCCUUGAAUCAGAAACCACUUAAUAAUAAUAAUGAAGAGGACAUUGAAGGAUUUAGCCAUGUUCCUAAGCCUUAUGGGAAUAAUGAUAGUGCAAAGAAGAUAUCAAAUAACAAUAGUGGACUAACUGAGGUGUUAAAGGAGAUAGCAGGCUUGGAUACUACCCCUCAAAUAAAAGGAAAUGAAACAAACUCCAGAGAAACAUUCUUAGGAAGAAUAAAUGAUUGCUAUAAACGAUCACUGGAAAGAAAGCUUCCACCAAGUUGCAUGAUGGGCGGAAUAAAGGAUACUCAGGGCAAGCAUGUUAUUCUGAGUGGGAGCACAGAAGUGAUCAGUAAUGAAGGGGGUCGAUUCUGUUACCCAGAGUUUUCUAGUGGCGAAGAGAGUGAGGAAGAUGUGCUUUUGAGUAACAUGGAGGAGGAACACGAGAGCUGGGAUGAGAGUGAUGAAGAACUGCUGGCCAUGGAGAUUCGCAUGAGAGGGCAACCUCGCUUUGCCAACUUUAGGGCAAACACUUUGUCUCCUGUUCGAUUCUUUGUGGACAAAAAAUGGAAUACUGUCCCCCUGCGAAAUAAAUCUCUGCAAAGAAUCUGUGCUGUAGACUAUGAUGACAGUUAUGAUGAAAUCCUGAAUGGUUAUGAAGAGAAUUCUGUGGUCUCCUAUGGACCAGGAAGCAUUCAGAGCAUGGUGUCGUCUGACUCCACAUCCCCAGAUUCCUCUUUAACAGAAGAAUCACAUUCUGAGACAGCCAGUAGUUUAUCCCAGAAGAUUUGUAAUGUGGGAAUAGCUCCUGGUAACCCGGCAGAUUCUAAGGACAUGAAGGAAAGUGAGCCCAAUUAUGAAAGCCUCUCUGGUAAUAAUCAGGAGAAGGACUCAGCACAAGCAUCCAAAAGCUCAGUAAAAGUUCCAGAGACGCACAAAGCAGUCCUUGCUCUCCGAUUGGAAGAGAAGGAUGGCAAGAUUGCCGUACAAACUGAGAAGCAAGAAAGUAAAGCCCCUACAGAUAUUACUGGGCAAGCAGUAACAAUAAACCUCGUUCCUGUAGAAGAGCAAGCAAAGCCCUACCGAGUUGUGAAUCUGGAACAGCCUUUGUGCAAGCCAUAUACUGUUGUGGAUGUGUCAGCAGCCAUGGCCAGUGAGCACCUUGAGGGCCCUAUUAACAGUCCCAAGACGAAAAGCUCAUCUUCUACUCCAAACUCUCCAGUGACAUCACCCACACUGACAUCAGGACAAAUAAGUGCCCAUUUCCAAAAAUCCAGUGCAAUCCGCUACCAGGAAGUAUGGACUUCCAGUACCAGUCCACGACAAAAGAUACCUAAGGUGGAAUUAAUUAGCGGUGGGACUGGACCAAACGUCCCUCCAAGGAAAAACUGUCACAAAUCAGCACCUACUUCACCCACAGCUACAAACAUUUCCUCCAAAACCAUCCCUGUUAAGUCACCUAAUUUGUCUGAAAUAAAAUUUAAUAGUUAUAACAAUGCCGGUAUGCCACCUUUUCCAAUUAUCAUUCACGAUGAGCCAACUUAUGCUCGGAGUUCCAAAAAUGCUAUCAAAGUUCCCAUUGUAAUCAAUCCAAAUGCAUAUGACAAUCUAGCCAUUUACAAAAGUUUUCUCGGAACAAGUGGAGAACUUUCAGUGAAGGAAAAAACCACAAGUGUAAUAAGCCAUACUUAUGAAGAGAUAGAAACUGAAAGCAAAGUGUCUGAUAACACCACUAGCAAAGCCACUGAAUGUCCCCAAGCUAAAGGGUUUUUAAACAGCACAGAGCGUAAAAGGGGUUCAGUGGCUCAGAAGGUUCAGGAGUUUAACAGCUGUCUUAACAGAGGUCAGUCCUCACCACAGAGGAGCUACAGUUCCAGCCACAGCUCCCCAGCAAAGCUCCAGAGAACCACUCAAGAACCUGUGGCCCAAACAGAAAGCACUCAGGAGUCUCCGACAGUGAGCAGCAGCAGCACCAGGGAGAAGGCAAGCACCGUGCUCUCUCAGAUCGUGGCUUCUAUCCAGCCCCCACAGUCUCCUCCAGAAAUGCCUCAGUCUGGCCCUAAAGCUUGCAGUGUGGAAGAGCUUUAUGCCAUUCCUCCCGAUGCCAGUGCUGCUAAGAGUACACCUAAGGGUACACCAGUCCGGCCCAAGUCUCUCUUCACAUCCCAGCCCAGCGGUGAGGCUGAAGCACCUCAGUCCACAGAAAGUCCUACCACCAAAGUACAGAAAGAUCCACUCACAAAGCCAGUCACCACCCCUCCCUCCAAAUUAGUGACUAACCCCCAGAGUGAGCCGCCACCCCCCUUUCCCCCACCACGCUCGACUUCCUCCCCUUACCAUGCAAGUAACCUUCUGCAGAGGCAUUUCACCAACUGGACCAAGCCAACUAGCCCUACCAGGUCAACGGAAGCUGAAUCAGUUUUGCACUCUGAAGGCAGCAGGCGGGCCGCUGAUGCAAAACCUAAACGCUGGAUAUCAUUUAAAAGUUUCUUCCGCCGUCGGAAAACAGAUGAAGAGGAUGACAAAGAGAAAGACCGAGAGAAAGGGAAACUGGUGGGCCUGGACGGCACAGUCAUCCACAUGCUGCCCCCUCCUCCAGUUCAGCGCCAUCACUGGUUCACAGAGGCAAAAGGAGAGUCCAGCGAGAAGCCAGCCAUCGUCUUCAUGUACAGGUGUGACCCUGCCCAAGGCCAGCUCAGUGUGGAUCAGGGCAAAGCCAGGGCAGAGCAGUCAGCAGUCACAGAGAAGGGUAGAGCAGAGGAUGGGUUACUACAGGACUCAGAGAAGAAGAAAAGGAGUCAUUCUUCUCCAUCACAGAUUCCUAAGAAAAUUCUCAGUCACGUGACCCGUGAAGUGACAGAGGAUUUUUCUCCUCGGGAUCCAAGCACUGUUGUGAAGCAAGAUGGUGGGAGCUGUACUUCAGUCACAUCGGCAUUGCCGCUGCCUGAACUGGAAAGGGAAGAGGAAAAGGGAGACAUUUCAGGUCCUAUGGACCCGAAUCCCUGUAGUGCAACAUACAGCAACUUAGGGCAAUCUAGAGCAGCCAUGAUACCUCCCAAGCAUCCACGGCAGCCUAAGGGAGCUUUGGAUGAUGCCAUUGCCUUCGGUGGGAAAACAGACCAAGAAGCACCUAAUGCUUCUCAACCUACACCACCCCCACUGCCAAAGAAAAUGAUCAUAAGAGCCAAUACAGAGCCAAUCUCCAAAGACCUCCAAAAAUCCCUGGAAACUACUCUUUGUGUCAUGGCUAAUCCCACCUAUGAUAUCGACCCCAACUGGGAUGCCAGCAGUGCUGGCUCUUCAAUCAGUUAUGAACUCAAGGGACUGGACAUUGAGUCUUAUGACUCCUUGGAGAGACCUUUGCACAAGGAGAGACCUGUGCCCUCAGCAGCAAACAGCAUCUCCAGCUUAACCACUCUCAGUAUUAAGGAUAGAUUUUCCAAUAGCACAGAGUCCCUGUCCAGCCGGCGUGGUCCCUCUUGUAGACAGGGCCGGAGUAUCCAGAAGCCACAGAGACAAGCACUUUAUCGAGGACUUGAGAAUCGUGAAGAAGUGGUGGGUAAAAUCCGAAGCCUUCAUACAGAUGCCUUGAAGAAACUGGCUAUUAAAUGUGAAGACCUCUUCAUGGCUGGACAGAAAGACCAGCUCCGUUUUGGGGUGGACAGCUGGUCAGACUUCAGGCUAACCAGUGACAAGCCAUGUUGUGAGGCAGGCGAUGCAGUUUACUACACAGCUUCAUAUGCAAAAGAUCCACUUAAUAACUAUGCAGUCAAGAUCUGUAAGAGCAAAGCUAAAGAAUCGCAGCAGUAUUAUCACAGCUUGGCUGUCCGGCAGAGUCUGGCUGUCCAUUUUAACAUCCAGCAGGACUGUGGUCACUUCCUUGCUGAAGUUCCUAAACGUCUGCUUCCCUGGGAGGACCCUGAUGCCCCGGAAGAGGAAGAGGAUGAAAUGGAAGCGACGGAAGAGGUGAAAGGAGGAACUGAUGGAAAAAGCCCAGAGCCCAGCUCUGAAGCAGAGUCAUCCCACAAAGAAAGCCAGGCAGUCGUUAGCAGGAAGCAGAGAAGCCACGUCGUGGUCAUCACCAGAGAGGUUCCCUGUCUCACCGUGGCCGACUUCGUGCGAGACUCUCUAGCGCAGCAUGGGAAAAGCCCUGACGUGUAUGAGAGGCAAGUGUGUCUGCUGCUCUUACAGCUGUGCUCCGGCCUGGAGCACCUCAAACCCUACCACGUCACUCACUGCGAUCUGCGUCUGGAGAACCUGCUGCUUGUCCACUACCAGCCCGGGGGACCCGCCCAGGGCCUUGGGCCUGCGGAGCCCAGCCCCACCUCUUCUUGUCCCACGAGGCUCAUAGUAAGCAAUUUCUCUCAAGCCAAGCAGAAGAGCCAUCUGGUAGACCCUGAGAUCCUCCGGGACCAGUCCCGCCUCGCCCCAGAGAUCAUCACAGCCACCCAGUAUAAAAAGUGUGAUGAGUUCCAGACAGGCAUCCUCAUAUACGAGAUGCUGCACCUGCCCAACCCCUUCGAUGAGAACCCAGAGCUGAAGGAGAAGGAAUACACUCGAGCAGACCUGCCUCGCAUCCCACUCCGCUCCCCCUAUUCCCGGGGCCUGCAGCAGCUGGCCAGCUGCCUCCUGAACCCCAACCCUUCUGAGCGACUCCUCAUUUCAGGCGCCAAAGGCAUCCUCCAGUGUCUGCUCUGGGGCCCCCGGGAAGGCCUCUUCCAGACUUUCACUGCCUCCCCCAGCCCAGUGCAGAGGAAUGCCCUGCUCCAAAACUGGCUAGACAUCAAGCGAACACUGCUCAUGAUCAAGUUUGCUGAGAAGUCCCUGGACAGGGAAGGUGGCGUCAGCCUGGAGGACUGGCUUUGUGCUCAGUAUUUGGCUUUUGCUACUCCAGACUCCCUCAGCUGCGUCGUGAAAAUCCUGCAGCCCCGUUAACGUGUCCCAGUUGCUGCUCUUACUUCAUUGUCGCCUUCUUCAAGUGGCUCACAUACUUCCCCUUCCUAGUACUCACACAGAAUUCAAGGAAAGGGGAGAGACGAGCCUUCCAUCCCCAUCCAUGAACAGAUGAGUCCACUCUGAAAGGUUGUCCUCAGCUCUAAAUCCAGUGAGACGCUGAGUCCCUCUUAAUUUCACAGAAAGUCAGCCGCACAAACACGCAGCUGCCUUCCAUGGGAAUGCCUUCCGCCCUAACUGUCCCCCAGAUGCAGGGGAAGUGAAGACAUGUCCUUGAAGGGACAGCUCCUCUGGUUUGAACUCAGUGAGCUGGGUCCAGUUCCUCCAUAAUUCUGAAUAGCCCCUGUCUUUUUAACACCGUGUAUUUAUUCUCACUAGCAAUAGACGGAUUUAACCAGUCCUUACCACCAUCCACUAAGCUCUCACAACAGACUUUCUUCCUUUAAAGGAUCAAUAACUGACUCUCUUACCAGGCGGAACUGCCAUCCUUAGCAUCAGCCCAGUUUUGGUUCCGGGGACUGUAUCCUUUGUUCCAGGAGGAGUAGAAGGACGAGGAGAGAUCCCACCCUCUGGGUCAUGAACCCAUUUUCAUUUCUAUUAUCGAUAAGUGUGUGCACUGCAUGGAGGGCGGCCCUAACUGUCUCCCCUCUGCUGCCACUGCCUGAUUCUCCUUCACCUCUACUCUCUCCCCACUUGCCAAUGAAGUUUGGGUUUAUCGGCCACUUGUGGCCCAUUACAGAGCUGACCCAAGGUGGUGUCACCAGUGCCUCAGCAGGGUGGAGUGCAGUUCAGAUCUUAUAAAUAGCUGGCAGGACACAAGGAGAUGAUUUUCCUGCAUGUGCAAUUCUCUAGGGGACAUCAGGGGGACAGAGUUUAAAGUACUGUUCUUUGAUUACUGUCAGAGCUGUCAACGUUGGCAGCCAGGGCUGCCGGUGCCCAGAUCACAGUUUUCCCUCGAGCAGUAAUUGGCCAGCUUCCUUCUGUCAGUAGCCAGCGUUAACUAGUCUACCAAAUGCUGUAGACAACAGCCCUGCACGAAACGGCUGUCAGUGGACCUGUAACGUCUCCUUAGAGGGCAUGGCGUGGCUGGCUGUUAGGACGGCCAGAAGGCAGGGGAAGGGGAGAAGGCCGCUGAUGAGACUGCUGACCUCCUCCCCAGAAUGCCGGCCUUUUCUAGAGAGACUGCCUCCCAGUGCACAGGCACAUUGCUCCUUGUGACCCUCUGAAAUGGCUCUGGAGGACAGCUCCCAGGGAACUUGGAUUGCUGAGGUGGGUGGCUGAGAGCUGUUCACCGCACGUGGGGUCUGUGCUCCUCCUCUAUGGAUAUAUGUGCAAUUUUGGUAUGUAUUUUUUUUUAGCUGUAUAUACAAUGUUUAUGUUGCGACUUCACCUGAAGCAAUAUCUCCAGAAACCCUCCCCUUCUUCCCUUGGCACAUAUUUGAGCUGAGUGACGAGUGUUCCUUCCACCGGGGUGUGUGCGUGUGUGUGU